AUGCCGCAAAUAAUAGAAGCAGAGCCCGUAUUCUACAUCUCGCUGAGCACAUUACAGCUCGAAACAGCGACAAAAUUCUUUCGCGCUAUCGAAUUCCAACAGAACAUGAAAUGGCUAUUUCCAAAAUCAACUGCAUUUCGCUUGCCAGGACUUAGCCACAAUAUUGCUCUUCUUCUCAUUGAAGAAGACCAAUUCUCUCAGUUUGUCCGCCCUGGAACAAAAGUCAUAAACUCGAACGAGACUACCGAGGUUAUCUUCACUAUAACUAAAGAAACCAAGGAAGAAGUGGACGAGCUUGUGAAAACAGCAGCUGCAGCUGGUGGCAAGGCGGAUCCUUAUACUGUCGAAACUAGCGGAGCCCAGUACGGCAUAUAUUGCAGGAGCUUCGCAGAUAUUGACGGUCAUCUUUGGGAAAGUAUAGCAAAUAUAGACGGGCAUAGUAUGUGGGAGUCCACGUCUUUGCAGGGAGAAAAUGCCGAGAAUAAAGGUAAACUUAAGGAUAAUUAA